AUGCCUUCCGCUCACGGACACAGAUUAUACGUCAAGGGCCGACACCUGAGUUAUCAGCGUGGCAAGCGUAACACCAACCCCAACACCAGCCUGAUCAAGCUUGAGGGUGUCGAUGAUUCGAAGGCUGCCAGCUUCUACUUGGGCAAGAAGGUCGCAUUCGUUUACCGGGCAAAGCGCGAGGUGCAGGGAUCCAAGAUCAGAGUCAUCUGGGGCAAGGUCACCCGGCCACACGGCAACUCCGGCGUCGUCCGCGCUCAAUUCAGAAACAACCUCCCUCCCAAGUCCUUCGGUGCUUCCGUCAGAGUCAUGCUUUACCCUUCGUCCAUCUAG